AUCAUUAAACAUGACGGGUGGCCGCAAUUUGCAUGUCAUGUUGAAAAGGUUGGCGUGAAGAUAUACGGAGAUUGUUGUUUUCAAUUCUGCUCGGAAUGUGCGUAUGUAAACUUUUGCAGGUGUUGCUGUGUGUAAAUUCGACAACUAAUGCAAGGCAGAACCAAGUUAUUGUAAGCAUUCUUGUCAAAAACUUUCUGGAGUUUACAGUGCCUGUAUGACAUUUGCAGUAUUAUUUGUUUACAUUCGAACAGGGGCGUUGGAAAGGCGCUGUAUUGCUUUAAGAAGAUAAUGAAAAUAUGGACGAGGAUAUCAUCAAUCUUCGAAUUUCAGACACACGUGACAAGUUAGCCGAUAACAUCGAAGCAAUAUUAAAAAAUGUCAUCAAAUCUAAUCUGAUUGCUCUGAAGGUGUUCAUCUUGGACCCAUUCCACGAGGAACUGACUUUUGUUAAUUCAGGAAACAACAAAACGAAUAAUAACUGCACAGUUUCUUCAUGUGAAAAUGGAUCCGAUGUUCUCACUGGAUGGGGCGGCCAGGAGCGUGCCAAGGCCAAUGUCUCAAUCAUUUCCAACACAAGCAAUGUUCGAGAAGUCUUUUCUGGCUUCACUGGCAGUGAAACAGUUAUUUCCUGGCCAGUCAAUGACGUCAUAGGUAAAAGCGUUGUCGUCUACAGUAUGAUUCUGGUGAAAAAAUCGUCACAAGAUAUUCUGAAAACUCUAGACUCUUUAAGUAAACACGUUUCGCAAGCAUAUGCACGACUUAGUGACAUGCUAAUUGCAAGAGCGAAGUCAAAUAUUGUUGCUGAAUUAGGAAGAAUAUAUGACAAAGAUUUGAAUGUCGUUUGCCGAAAGAUAGCAACCCAAUUGUCCAAUAUUGUGAAUGCGAGAUAUGGAACCGUGCUAUUGGUUGACCAUUCUUCUGAUGAACUUUUCACCAAUGUAUUCGGUCAAACAGUUGUCAGUUCAGAAUAUCGUUUUGAGAUAUGCAGAAGCUGUUUUGCGUCGCGUUAUACUGACCCGAAAGCUGCCUGCCUAGAUUUCGCCAAGGAUUCAGACGAAGACCGUGAUUUUAAGAAACUCACCAACUACUUCAAAUUAGAAAUUAGUGUGAAUUCCUUGCUUAUCCUUCCCGUCAUGGAUGUCCACGAUGAACUUAUCGCCUUUAUAUGUUUAAUGAACAAAGACGGAGGCAAAAGCUUCUCAGCAACUGACCAAACGUUGCUUGGUGACGUAGCUAAUCAAUGCGCGCCGGCACUGAAGAAUGGACUGUUGUGGAAGGCUGAAAUGAUCAUUAAACGAAAAAAUGAAUGCUUAUUGUCAGUGACGAGAAAUCUGUUUACUCAUCUCGAUAAUCUCGACUCAAUCUUACGGAAAAUCAUGGAGGAGGCUCGAAAUAUAACGAAUGCAGAAAGGUGUUCUUUGUUCCUGGUUGAUCAAGACAGGGACGAACUAGUUGCAAAAGUGUUCGAUGGAGAAACGACCAAAGACGAUGAGGAAAAUGAGCUUCGCAUACCUCUGUCCCAUGGAAUUGCAGGUCAUGUUGCUACCACAGGAAAAAUGCUCAAUAUUCCAGACGCAUAUUCACACCCGCUGUUUUACAGAGAGGUAGAUAUACAAACUGGUUUCAAAACAAGAAACAUCUUAUGCUUUCCUAUUAAAAACGAGGCAGACGCAACGGUGAUUGGUGUGUCACAAUUAUGCAAUAAACGAAAUGGGCUAUGCUUUACUGCCUUUGAUGAGCAGCUGACUGAAUCAUUCGCUACCUUUUGUGGACUCAGUCUUGUUCAGUCACUGCUGUAUCAAAAGGCGAUGGAAUCUCAGCAUAGAAGCAAGUUGGCCAACGAGAUGAUGAUGUAUCAUAUGCAAGUCAGCCAUCAAGAGAUCCGAAAGUAUUCCACAGAACCGUUUGCAUCCAAGGACGAAAUUGACAAAGAUAUGGACAGUUUUAAUUUCAUGCCAAGGAUCGCCCUUCCUGAUACUGAUGGUGUGCGGAUCGUACUAAGUAUGUUUCAACAACUGGGAUUUUGCGAGCGCUGGAAAAUCAGAGAGAGCACACUUGCAAGGUUUGUGUUGACUGUAAAGCGAGGAUAUCGGGAUCCUCCGUACCACAACUGGACGCACGCCUGGACCGUUGCUCACUUCUGCUACCUCCUACUCAAGAAUACAGAGGCUGCUUCUAUGCUUAAGGAUAUUGAAUGUUUUGUGUUGUUUGUGUCUUGUCUGUGUCACGAUUUGGAUCAUCGAGGUACCACGAAUUCGUUCCAGGUCGCAUCGAAAUCUGUACUUGCAUCGCUGUACAGCUCUGAUGGUUCAGUCAUGGAGAAACAUCACUUCGCUCAAGCCAUUCAUAUUAUUCACAGUGAAGGAUGCAAUUUAUUUGAAAAUCUCUCCAAAAAGCAUUAUCAAACCGCAUUGGACUUGAUGCAAACAAUCAUCUUAGCUACGGACUUGGCCAAUCACUUCACGAUCUUACGAGAUCUAGAAGAUUUAUCAAAAGCCGGUUUUAACAAAGGAAACAAACGACAUCACCGCAUGCUUGCCUUAAUGAUGACGUCAUGUGAUUUGUCGGACCAAACAAAACCAUGGGAAGGAGCAUACAAAGUUUCUGACUUGCUUUAUGCUGAAUUCUUUAACCAAGGAGAUAUGGAAAAAUCUCUUGGCUAUACACCAAAGGAGAUGAUGGACAGAGAGAAAGCGAGUAUUCCAAAAUUGCAAGUCGAGUUUGGCUCUAAAGUGGCACUGCCCGUCUACAGGCUACUUUCCACAAUUCUGCCUCCCGUGUCCUCAAUCUGUGAUGUCAUUCGUGAGAAUAUUGUCAGGUGGCAGAAAUUACAGGACCAAGAGGAAGCUAAAGCAGAACUAAAGUAACCGUUUUUAUACUAUUUAUUUUGAUAAAACUUGUGUGUCUUCGUAUAUUUCUGUCUCCCAAUAUUACUGUUCGUUGAAGCAAGUUUGUGGGUAUAUUUGUAGAGAAAUGUAGGGCAAUUUGUUCUCUACAGCUUUCUUUAUUACCUUUUCCCCGAUGCCAAAUUAUAACAUACGGGAUUAUGUCUGAUUUUUUACUAUAACGACCCUAGUAAUAUUUGCAACUUAUUAGAUGUAAACCAGUUGCAGCAUCUCCACACUAACUUUGUGCAAUAAAAGCCUUUUUAAUCAUAUCAAUAUCAAAUAUUACGAUGAACUUAGUUGGGGGGGGGGGGGGGGAUCACUACAAGGGCUACAUUUGGUUUUUGAAAAUCAAUUCCACUAACAACCAAUUUUGAAUUCAAAAAAUUCUCCCCAGAAUUUAGGGAUAAUCUUGCCAACAAUUUAUUUUAGUAAGCAACGAACUCGCAUAUUUUUAAAAAAAGUGGGAUUUCUAGUCUUGCCUCAAUUUUCCGAUUAAGAUUGCAGUCUAUAUAUUUCGUUAUUAUUUUCGGUUUAUGUAUUCUACUUCCGUUUGUUGCUAUAAGCUAGGAAUUGCGCCGUGGCGAAAAUCGUUUACAUGAGCAGAAAUUUUACAUAUUUGAAUUAAUAAAGGGGAAUCAUAUCGAACGUAUCUUCCCAUUCCAUUACGAUAUUUGUUUAAACUAUAAAAGUUAAAGGAAAGACUUAAGAUAAGCCGCAGAGGAGGCGAAAAUAUCACUAAGGUGCCAACAUUUUGUCUUGAAGCAUAUACCCAUACCAAUGUCCCGUGGUACAGCAAACUUGCUCUAUUCGCAUAUAUUUUAUCAGUGUGUAUAUGGUGUAAAAUAAGGCAUUACGUGAUAAUACUAAUACUAAUAAUUGUCAUCGUGAAGAUUAAUGUAUUGUAAUAAUGGGUAGUUUUAUUAUUGGGAAUAUGAGACCGGCAGUAUAGUUGCGGACGCUGUGGAGGUGGAGAUUGUCUUGUUAGGAUCUCCUUGAAAAUUUCUAAGGCAAGUUGUCUUAAGUGUUAUUUUCCCGUGCCAUCUUUUAUCGCUAUAUUUCCUGUUUUAAAUGUUAGGCCAGUUUUUUUAAUUGCGGAUUCAAUUGCGGUGACAAUGCACUUUGCUACUAGUCAAAUUUUUCAAAUAAUGCGACCAAUAUAAAUCGAGACCGUCUCCUCUUCUGGGAUUUACACCAGUUACAUGUUAGGUCGUAUUCCCAUGGUCUAAGGCAAAAUGCCGAAAGUGCCGAAUUUAAACGUUCUUAUCAUAGCACAAAGUCGGUUUUACAUUAAAUAGUUGGGAUUUUCGAUGUAAAACAGAGUGACAUGUUUUGGCCGAGACAUGCAUAGUUUGACGUAUUGAAUAGGUUGAUUAUAAUUUUACAUUGCACUUGAUACUCGUGUAAGAUUUAUAGAAUAAAUUUGCAUUAUAUCAAUGUUACUAAACUAUUUAAUACUGAUUUCAAUGUUCUAAACCUGUGAAAGCUAACGUGGGAGAUCAUGUACUCACUAUCCAUAUAGCUCUUUAACUAAUAAACCAGCAAUCGAUCCCGUCCCAUCGCUUCACAUCAGAGAUCCUUUACACAGGUGUCUUUCAAGUAUCUCCUUAUCUCUAUUUGUUACAUCGUAAAACAGCCAUGUAGAUUUUGGGUUACAUUUCAUGAUCCAAACCUAAGUUGCUGACACAGUUUUAAUCAGAAAAGGUUUAUUUAUGGACUUUUUAUCUUUUCGUUGUUAUGAAAAGCAAAUUUA